CGCGAAGCAGCCGUACUUUUAUCGGACCCCCACCCCAAAUCCCCCAAUCCCUACCCGACCAAAAUCGAAGCUUCCACCAAACGCCCGGAGCCCCCCUCGUGAAGCAGCCCGGAUCGAAUUGCGGUCGUCUCGAUCAUCCGCUCGAUUCGACGCCGCCGGACGAUUUGGGCGCGGAAUCCGGAGGGGGGAAUCUGUGCGCGCGGGCGGAGGCGAUCGAGGGGAGCAGCCAUGAGCGAGGUGUUCGAGGGCUACGAGCGCCAGUACUGCGAGGAAUCCGCCUCCCUCUCCCGCAAAUGCACCGCCGCCUCCGCUCUCGAUGGAGAGAAGAAGAAGCAGAGGCUCUCCGAGAUCCAGUCCGGCGUGCAGGAAGCUGAAUCGCUGAUUCGGAGGAUGGACCUGGAGGCUAGGAAUACGCCGCCGAGCGUGAAAGCGGGUUUGCUAGCUAAGCUGCGGGAGUACAAAUCUGACCUUAACAACCUCAAGAGCGAGCUCAAGAGGAUCUCGGCGCCCAAUGCCAGGCAAACUACAAAGGAGGAGCUCCUUGAAUCUGGCAUGGCUGACACACUUGCGGUGAGCUCUCUAUUCCUAUUAAUUCAAUUGCCACAUAGAUACUGUGAAUAACUAACUCUAUUUAUA